ACCACUGAAGGCUGUACGUGCGUCUGUCCGACAACAGCACCCGUCACCAUCAGUACCACACCAACACUUACUAGUACACAGCCCACCAGCGCCCCGACCACACCGACUACCCGGCCCACUACUAGACGCCCAGCAACUACGCCGAAACCGGGUUUCCAGUGCCCCGUAGAGGACAUCGUACGCACCCUAUGCUUAGGCCCUAAGGACUGUCUCUACCCUAACCCGAAUGGCUGCGACACAUACAUCCACUGCACGGUUGACUACGGCAGUCGCACCGGUACGCCAGUGGUGAUGCCCUGUCCCGGUGGCCUGUUGUGGAACGAUAACAUUAAGGAGUGCGACAACCCCUCCAAAUCUACCUGUCCUCGUGGUUAC